AUGCUCAACUACAACUCCUCGCCCCUGUCCUGCGCUUCUUCCUGCUCUUCCUCGCCCUUCUCUUCUUCCGAUAACGCCGCCGAGCUCGAUAUCCUCGACAUGCAAAUGUUCUUCCCCUCAGAGCCCUCCAUCUACCAGCAAAUCCUCGAUAUCGAUGACGUCCUGGGUCAGCAGCAACAGCAACAGCAGCAGCUCCAGCUUGCCCAUCAGCAGCAGAAGCAGCAGCAGUUCCAAUACGAGAUGGCUCGCAUCGGCUUGGGCACUCCCCCAACCUCGCCCCCAGCGCCUGCCUUCCAUAACUACUACGAGCAACAAGGACAAGCCAUCCAUAAUGUGUAUGUCACUCCUGCUCCAGUCUCUCUCGUUCAACAACCUCAGCAACCCUCUUCCUUGCCUCAAAAGCCCGAUACAAAGCUUGAGCAAGAACUGGCGUAUCUUGAAUUGAUGCAACAGUUUGAUAACCUCGAGAGUUCUCUCUUUAGUCACAGUCCCAUUAGUAGCUGCAGCAGCAGUCUGAGCAACAGCCCCUACGCAGAGUCUCCUCUCUCGGCCAUCAGCACGGACUUUGACCUCUUCCCCAUGAACAACAUCUCGGCACCCCAGCGCCACCAGCCUCAGCAACAGCACCCAAGCAUGAGCUACCCUUCCGUCCCCAUUAUGGCCCCCCUCGCAGCAACGGCUCAGUAUAACCAGCCCAACGUCUAUCAUCAAAUGACGCCACCCAUGCACCAGAUGGAACUUGAGCGGGAAGUCUGCUCGCUCUUCCGACCCGAUCCCAGCAUGCCAAUGACAGCCGAUAUGUCCCAGUUGUGCAAGUGUCCAGGAAAGUUCCCCUGCGGAGGAGAAGCUCCCGUUGCCCAGGACAUCGUCACCUCACCCAUCUCUUCGUCGAUCCCCCAGAGCAGCUCGCCCUUGCAGAGCAUCUCCGAGGAUGACUUUUCAGAAUCAGAUUCGGGAUCAGAGGAGGACCAGGAUUGGGAUCCCAGCUAUCUCCCCUCCAACGCAAGGACCGCAGUCGGAACUGCCGUUGCAAGAUCAGCCGUUGGCGGUCCUCGAUCUCGCGUGGACAAGGUGAGACCAAAAUCUUUGGUCAUUUCGUCGUCGGUCGCGAGCGCCCCUUACUCGAAGGAGUCGGCCCAAUCUCCGGUUCGCCAGGAUCGCCGCCGCUCCUCAUCUGGGUCGUAUAGCUCUGGAAACGGGGGUCAGCAGUUACUUGACCCCGAGUUACUCCCCAAGAUCACCGACAUCCACGUCUGUCCUGUCUGCGCAAGACGCUUCUCGCGUCCCUUCAACCUGCGCUCGCACAUCAUGACCCACACCACCGCUCGCCCUUACGCAUGCGAUGAGUGCCACUGGUCCUUUACCCGCCAGCACGAUCUUCUGAGACAUAAGCGCGCUAAGCACCCCAACUCCGUUUCGUCCUCGACUGCUGGCGGCCACAAGAACGAAACCAUCCCCAACUCUGGUGUCUGA